UUCUUAUAUUGCUGCUAUAAAAUGGUGUUAGAUCCAUCCACGUUAAUCCUCCUCCUCUUCUCAAAUUAGCUUCUUCUUCUCUCUCUUUUUUUGCGUCCUGGGUAUUAGGGAAUCUCAUACUUAGAUAUGGUCAAGAUCUGAUUAUUAUGGUUUCGAUGAUCCGGCUUUAAUGUUACCCACCUGAUUGAUUGAUUGAUUAAUUGUUCCCAAGGCGGUUGUUGUCUCCACUGAUUCCUAGAUAAGCUCUGUUGGAUUGGAUUAGGUGUUUUUUUUUUCUGUUUGGUCUGGUAGGGUUUGGAAGAGAGCAUAAUAAUAGAGAGAGAUAUAAUGCGGCUGAGGUCCGAGUUACUCAUAUCUUUGGUUCCGUCGUUGACUUUUUAUCAUUCUUCAAAUCGUUUGAAACCUCUCGAAAAGAGUGAUUGGCGUGGUAAUCUCAGUUGAAGUUUCUCGCUCCUUUUGUUUUAGUUUCUCUCUCUUUAGAUCUUUUGCUUGCCUUUUUGUUCCAUCUCCGCCUUAGUUUGGUACUCACUCGGUUUCAAAAACUAAUCGAAGAAGAAGAUUGUUUCGCCAGUGAUCUUUCUUUCGGUGUGUGUUUUUGACGUUUCGGUUACUAGUCCAGUUACUGUUUUUGGAUAUGAGCUCUGUCUGUGGUGGUGGGUUGGAUUUCAAAGAUGCAGCCUCUGCUUCGAGCCCCAGUACAUGUUGUAAUAAUAAUGGCUCGAAUCAUGUCUCCGUUGUUACCGGAUCUGAAGAUGCUCAAGAGUCUGAUGGGGAUGAUAGUGGUAAUAUACACCAAUAUCUGAAUGAAGAUUCCAAAGUCAUCACCAAACCGCCGGUGAUCCCAGAGCCUUUACCUCUCAAGUCUUGCGAUGAUGAAGGAGAAGACAAGAACCUUGCCAAGGUCGUCAUCUUCUCUGAGAGUGUGACUGCGGCGGCGGCUACUGUCAUUCCAGCCAUUAAAGGCAGCCGAGAGAAGCAUGGCAAGCCGCUCGAGAAGCUGAGGGUGUCAUGGGCUGAAGAUGUGUAUGAUCCUCCACCUUCCAUCGUCUCUCACACGAGGAGCAAGAAACAUCAGCAUCAGAAAUCAAAGAGCAGAGAUAGCUUGAAGAAGAACGGAAAGAAAGGACAUAAGGGAAGUACUGGUUCUUCAUCAUCAUCAUCCCGUGGCAGCAAAGACAAAAAGUCGUCUUCUUCUCGCAGCAAACACAGUCGUGAUAAGUUUGGAUGGGCGACACAAGUGCCUAUCGCAGCCGCAUCUUCUUGAAUUUUGUCUUUUGCAUGGGCAGAGCACGUGCGUCUACUUUAUUACUAUUUCUCUUCUCCUAUCUCUAUAUAUAAAUAAGCUCUUUGCUGUGAAGACGUUUCUCUGGAUUACAGAACGACUUUUGUUAUUUGUACGGAAUGGAUUUUGUUUUGUUGUUACAAUAAUUGCUACUAGUUUUGUGAAGCUGGCUAAAUAAAUAGUUGUGUGCUAGA